UUCAAAUGAUUGUAGUACAGUAUACCAAGAAUCCUGCAAGAAAUAUUUCAGCGUAUUUAUCAUUGUGGGUUGAAAACGAUAUUGCCAGAUCUGGUUUAACGAUGAUCUCGAGGAUGCAAAGUGUGCCGAGGAUAAACGGCGGAAGCAUGUCCUCACUACAACCAUCGUAUAAAAAAUGUCAAAAUCUGCGGCUAACUGGAUCAUCAUCGAGGUGUAUAUUAUGAUAAUCCUCAUAACUUGGAUAAUAUCUGAAAAAACCGCAAAGGCUUUGAGGUUUGCUUGCUUGAACCGGCAUUUUGGUUUGUGUGCCAGUACUCGGUUCCGGUCCGAUCUUUAUCUUGGAUCAGCCGAUUGGUCACUUCGGGGUUACGCACACUUACGAAGUACGCGUGUUAGACCUAAUGCGCGUAUUUUGGACAGUUCAGUGUAGGGCGGUUUGACAUUGGGAAAACUGGGAUAUUUUCGAUCAGAUAUCAAGAGUGUUGCGCAAACCAGGUGUCCGAGGAUAAGAAUAUGGAUUUGUCCACGUGGUCAGCAUCAGUAAUUUGUCUAAUCCUAAUUUGCAGUAUUAAUUUUUACGUUGCUGGCGAUCUGCACCACAAACUGACCAAACGCGAACUGCUGGGAAUUUUCGGGUCCACUUCCCAUAACGAUGUUCCCAAAUAUGAAAUUGCGUUUAUCAGAAGCCAUACCGUCAACAAGAGAAGCGUCGUGCCCAAUGAUGUUUUUUAUCGGUUACAUCUGAACGGCGAGAACUUGACGCUGCAUCUGUAUCCCAACACUCAACUGAUCUCUCCACAUUUUGAGCUGAAACCGGAAGGGCUAAAUGUCAACAUCACCGCUGCCACAGAAUGUUUAUACCAUGGACGUAUCCUGCAGUCACCUCAUGGUCGAGCAGCUGUGUCGGUCUGCGAUGGACAAGGGCUGACCGGCCUUAUCGAAACAUCCGAUGGACGCUACCAAAUUCAGCCUGCUCCAGCACGUUUCCAAGAAAGCGUGACGGAGCAAGGCAACAUGCACAUAUUGGUGCCGAAAAACGAGACGGGAACGUUCUGCGGUGUCCACGAGUUGAAUAAGCCGCAAAAGCUGGUUGCCGGCACAACAUAUGCACAUGAACCAGUGCUUCUGCAGAGCAGCCGCAAUCGACGCUCGGAUCCCGUCGUGGACAAACUGUACAUCGAGACGGCCGUAUUCGCUGAUUACAUGCUGUAUCGGACACUCGUGGGAAGGACUCUGUUGGCAGAUCAUGAUGCGUUCGUGAAAUAUGUCCUUGCCAUUGUCAACACGGUACAACUUAUCUACAACGAGCCGUCCCUCGGGCGGACGGUAGAAAUUGUUCUGGUGCGGUUGGAAAUACUACAGAAUGAACAUUUGCCAUUUUAUAAUGAAGAGGUGGAUAAAUACUUGUGGGAUUUUUGCAAGUGGCAGAGUGGAUUAAAUCCGGGCACAGAUCUGUCCACCCCUGGGCACUGGGACCACGCCAUCAUUCUCACGGGAUUUGAUCUGCGCAGUGGCAACAUGCGCUCUGUGACAGGAUACGCGCCGGUCGGUGGGAUGUGCAAUCCCAUGUAUAGUUGCACAAUUAACGAGGGUAACCACUUUGGUGCUGCUUUUGUAAUUGCGCACGAGAUGGGUCAUAGUUUGACCAUGCAACACGAUGGACAGGCGGGUGUAUCGGGUAACGGAUGCGAUGCGCAGAGCUAUUUAAUGUCGCCGAGUACGGGACGUGGAAAAACCACUUGGUCGACCUGUAGUCGCAAUUAUCUUGACGCCUUCCUAAUGUCCUCGCAGUCAACCUGCUUAAAAGAUGUACCGCCUGGCCGUGAAAGUGCCAUCGAUUUCUAUUCGGGUAACCUUCCUGGCCAGUUAUACCCACCCGAUGACCAGUGCCGGUUACUGUACGGAAUUGAAUUCCAUCGGUAUAAUAUGCAACCAGAUGCCGACGUUUGUGAAAUUUUGAUUUGUGCCAACUCCACUGUUUACAUCACCGGUCACCCGGCACUUCCUGGUACAUAUUGCGGCGCGGGACAUUGGUGCAGUGGUGGUGAGUGUGUCCCGUGGGGAGUCAUGGGCCCGAUACCGGUUGACGGAGGCUGGUCGGCAUGGCCUUCCUCAGCAGAGUGCAGUGCCAACUGUAUUCUGCCCGGUACGGGGGUGAGGAUAUUUGAUCGGAGCUGUACGAAUCCAAUGCCAUCCAACGGAGGCAAAGCGUGCGAGGGCAAAUCGAAGCGUUACCGUACUUGUGAUCAGGCGUCCCUUUGUGAUAAACUGAAUAUCUCAACUAUAAGCGAAUAUUCAAAUCGUCAGUGUGCGUCCACAAAAACUGCGCAGAAUGAUAUCACAUUGGCCGGUUCCGGUCGACAAAGAAUUCAGGAUCCAACCGGUGGUUGUGUGGUAUGGUGUGAUACUCUUCAAGGAGGAUACAAAACCUGGGGAGCGAAAUUUCCCGAUGGAACUGAUUGCAGCGGAGGAAACGGUAAAGCGUUCUGUCUCGACGGCCAUUGCCAGGCAUUUGGAUGCGAUGGAUGGACACUUGACGAAAGCUCACUGGCGUCAUGCCAGUCUUUCACCACUACCGCAUCGACGACGACUACCGUCUCAACAACGCCGACGUAUGUGCUUGUGAACGGGGAGGAUACCUCGAAUGGGAUCAAUACAAAUACGCCGGUUACUCUUCCCACUAAAACAUUACUGUUUCCCGAUCAGAAUCCGUUUUACGCCAUGGUAGACCAGAGCUGGGGUGGGUGGGAAAAUGUUGGCCCGUGCAUCGCCAGCUGCAUUCAGAACAGUACCGGAAUUCGCCGACUUAACCGAAAAUGUGUGGAUCCCGCGGGCAUUUGUAUUGGAAGGAAUACGUCCAUAGCAAAAUGCAGCACAACAUGUCCAAAAGUGUCUUAUUCUGCGGAAGCAUACGUUACAAAAAUCUGCAGCGCACUGAAGACUCUUGACCAUGGACUAACUGGUCGGGGAAAGCAGCUUCCCCAUUCGUCUUCCGAUAAUCGACAAUCAUGCAAAUUGUGGUGCGAGAAGGAAAACACAUUGCGGUCAUGGCCGGACAUGUACUUCCCUGAUGGAACAAGGUGUAAUGCAGAUAGCACUUUCGGGGCCUAUUGUUACAAGGGUGUUUGUACGGAUUUCGCUUGUGACGGUGUAGCUGCAGACCCAAACGAUGCGCCCAAGUGCGCUGAUACGAAAGGAAUUCUGGCUGAUGAGUCAUCUGGCCACAAACGGAAAGUGAAUCACACCGUUGACAAAUCGCCCCUUGUUGCCAUUGAGCAGCCGCAAUCAGGAACAAUCCCAAGCGCCAACAAUGAUUCAUCCCAUUUCCAAUGGGUUAUUAUGUCGUCUGCAUGUUCGAAAUCCUGUGAUGGCGGCACAAGGAAAAAUUUCGUGCACUGUACAAAGAAUGCCAGUUCUUCAAAGGGCGGUCAGAAAAUUGAAGAAAGCAACUGCGAUUCGGAAACGCGUCCCGUAGUAGCUUUGGAAGAAGCGUGCAAUACCGAGCCAUGUCCUUUGUGGAGCGCCAGCAACUGGAAGGAAUGCAGCGUUCAGUGCGGGAAUGGAACACAGACGCGGCUAGUCCAGUGUGUCCGGACAGCGGCUCCUAUUGGGAAUGUGACCGUGGAGAGUAUUCUCGAAGAUGCUCAUUGUGACCGUUUAGCGAAACCCGUUGUCACGCAGACAUGCACACGACCACCCUGCAGCGUUGCAGGAAUGGUCUCCGGUGUUAAUUAGCCGGUGCCGGCUAUUUUGCAUGUUUUAUUGGAUUGUUAAAGCCAAAGGUUUUAUUUGUACGUUUUAUGUCUUUAGCUUAGUGAAAUUAAGUUUUUGGUUUGUUGAUCUGUGUAAGUUAAUUCGGUGUAAGUUGAAGUGCUUAGCAUAUAUUUGAAAUUUUAAUGAUGUUGUACUGGAGACUAUCAUCAUGUAGUUACCGGCUUGGCAAAACCGUGAA